CGUCCCUCUCUCCUCUGUUGUUGGUCGGAGCUAAAGCUAACGGCUAGCGGCUAGCAGCGUGAAGAUGCGGCACCGACACCGACACGCAGAACCGGGCCCGGGGUUCUCUGCUCUGCCCUUCUGCUCCUAGUGACUCCUACUGGACCGGUUCUUAGCCCUGCCCCGGCCCCCUGGUCCCCGGUGGUCGUGUGUGGAGGACGGGCAGCUGAGUUUAGCUCCGUUAGCAUGUGGAGUUCCCAGCUGGUGAUUUCUCCUCCGAGCCGACACCAGCACCAGCACCGGGAUCAGUUCCCCGGGGUUCAGCACACUAACACCCAGCUGUCCAGGCGGUCCUGCUGGUGAAGCUCGUUACUGAGCGGGGGUUUCUGCUCUGGUAGCGGUUAGCGGAGCUAGCGGGGCUAGCGGGGCUCAGGGCUUUGUUCAGCAGGACUGGUCGGGACGGGAACGGGGGGAACUAAUCUACCCGAUGCUUUUAGUGACAGUCCCAGCAGAACCUCGGACCCGUCUGUUUCAGCACCAGCGGAUAUGAGUGUGUCGGUCCAGUGACCUUGGAUUCCUUGGAUCAUCAUCGAUCAGAUUCAUCAAUAAUCAGCCCUGGUGUGGGUCACUAUGGCCCUGAGUUCGGGCUGCAGGCGGAGCGCUGUCUGCCUGCUCGUCCUGGCAGGAUGCAUCGCUGCUUCUCAGAGGAAUGACAACGUUUAUGUGUCUGGGUUUUCUAACGCCUGUGGUGAUGUGGCGGAGCUCUUGCGGGCGUCCAGCGGCGUCAUCACCAGUCCUGGCUGGCCUUUCCAGUACCCAACCAGACUAAACUGCAGCUGGAACAUCCGAGCCAGACCUGGAGACUCCAUCACAAUCAGUUUCCAGGACUUUGACCUCCAGGGUUCCCAUCGCUGCACGUCAGACUGGAUGUCCAUCAGCAGCUACCGGAGCCUGGACGGGCUCCGGGUCUGUGGGUCGUCCCUGCCGCCGCCCUACGUCUCAGCCCAGGACCACGUCUGGAUUCACUUCCACUCCGAUGACAGUCUGACGGGGAAGGGCUUCCGCCUGUCCUACAUCACUGGUAAACCCGAGGCCUCUAGCUGCGACGUGGACCAGUUCCACUGCUCUAAUGGGAAGUGCAUCCCAGACUGGUGGCGCUGUAACUCCAUGGACGAGUGCGGGGACAAUUCAGAUGAGGAGCUGUGUGUGGACUCGCCAUUUUCCUUCCAGCCCUGCAGCUUAAACCAGUUCCCCUGCCUGUCCCGCUACACCCGCAUCUACACCUGCCUGCCACAGAGCCUGCGCUGCGACGGCAGCAUUGACUGCCAGGAUCUUGGUGAUGAGAUCGACUGUGAUGUUCCCACAUGUGGAGAGUGGUUAAGGAACUUUUAUGGUUCGUUCAGCUCUCCCAACUACCCUGAUUUUUAUCCUCCGGGGAGUAACUGUACCUGGCUGAUAGACACUGGAGACCACCGUAAGGUCAUCUUGCGGUUCACCGACUUUAAACUGGACGGCACUGGUUAUGGUGAUUAUGUGAAGGUGUACGACGGUCUGGAGGAGAACCCACGCCGUCUCCUCAGGGUGCUGACGGCCUUCGACUCCAGAGCACCAGUCGCAGUGGUUUCUUCAUCCGGACAGCUGAGGAUUCACUUCUACGCUGAUAAGAUCAACGCUGCCAGAGGCUUCAACGUCACCUAUCAGGUGGACGGGUUCUGCCUGCCCUGGGAGGUUCCCUGUGGAGGGAACUGGGGCUGUUACACGGAGCAGCAGCGCUGUGACGGGUACUGGCACUGCCCCAACGGGCGGGAUGAGCUGAACUGUUCAUCUUGCCAGGAGGACGAGUUCCCCUGCUCCAGAAACGGAGCCUGUUAUCCUCGAUCAGACCGCUGCAACUACCAGAACCGCUGCCCCAACGGCUCGGACGAAAAGAACUGCUUCUUCUGCCAGCCUGGAAACUUUCACUGCAAGAAUAACCGCUGCGUGUUUGAGUCCUGGGUUUGUGACGCGCAGGACGACUGCGGAGACGGCAGCGACGAGGAAAGCUGCCCCGUCAUCGUUCCCACCAGAGUAAUUACAGCUGCAGUCAUCGGCAGCCUGAUCUGUGGGCUCCUAUUGGUCAUCGCCCUCGGCUGCACCUGCAAACUCUACUCACUGCGCAUGUUUGAACGCAGGUCGUUUGAGACCCAGCUGUCCCGAGUGGAGGCAGAGCUGCUCAGGAGGGAGGCCCCUCCUUCUUACGGCCAGCUGAUUGCUCAGGGACUGAUCCCACCAGUGGAGGAUUUCCCAGUUUGCUCCGGGAACCAGGCAUCAGUCCUGGAAAACCUCCGUCUGGCCGUGCGGUCUCAGCUCGGCUUCACCUCCCUCAGACUCCCUUCCUCUGGUCGCCAUGGCAACCUGUGGCGCAGACUCUUCACCUUCUCUCGCUCCCGCCGGUCCGGCUCGUUGGCUCUGGUCUCCGCCGAUCUGGACGACAGCGCCGGCACCGGCAGCACCGGCAGCUCUGGCUCGGACCUGAUGUCUCCGGAUUCUGACGACACGGACACGGAGAGCGAGCGGGGGCGGGAGCGCGGUGUGGGGGCCGUGGGGGGGCCCGUGGCCCCUCUGCCCCAGAAAGCCCCGCCCCCCUCGGCCGUAGAGGCCGUGGUUUCUCUGGCAGCGUCUGCACCCACCGCCACCCCGACGCCGACCCGAGACCACGGCCGUGACGACGGGAGAGAAGCUCCGCCCCCCCCCAGCCCCGUCACCGUGGUAACCUCCAACCCAGACCCGGAGUGUCACAGAGACUCCUCAGAGCUCCCGCCACCGUCCACCUCCACCCUGCAACGCCUGGCCCAGAACCUCCACCGCCUGGCCCGGAACCUGACCAGAACCAGUCAGAGCCAGCAGAACCAGACCUGGACCAAUCACAGCCCACUCCGCCAGCUGGAGACGGGACGAGGCGGCGACGAGAGCGCGGAGCGCCGAGGCAGCCGGGAGGACGAGGAGGACGUGGAGCUGCUGAUCCCCGUCUCUGACUCUGACUCCACCUCUUCCCUGGUCAGCGACGUGCGGCAGCCCCUGCUGGAGCCACGCCCCUCCAGCUCCGGACACGCCCCCCGCCACCACCGUGGACACGGCGGCCGGGGGGGGCGGGACGGCACCUGUGAACACUGUGGGAUGGUCCACACGGCCCAGAUCCCCGAUGCCUGCCUGGAGGCCACAGGGAAGACGGAGAGCAGCGACGACGAGCUGCUCCUGCUCUGCUAGCAGACUCCCCGGCCAGCCAGCAGGCUAACGCUCACGCUAACGGUUAGACUCUUCUGAGACGCUGAACUACGAGCCGCCACGACAACCGUCCACACCAACUCACGUCUGACCGGCUGGUUCAACCGUUUCCUCGUACACUAACAGUGAUAACUUUCUGACUGACACACUAACAGUCCUCAUACUACGGUGGCCGAGACCCGCCAUUGUUGAAAAUAAAAGUAACGCUGCAAACAGAAACAAACGCCGCUGCAAAUAAAAUAAACGCUUAGCAAAUAAAAUAAACGCUGCAAACAAAAAGAAACGCAGCUGCAAAUAAAAUAAACGCUGCAAAUAUAAAGAAACCCCGCUGCACAUAAAAUAAAAAAACAACGCAAAUAAAAAAGCCACAACGGAAGUGAAUUACCAGGGACUAUUUUUGCCGAUGCACCGGUGUUGCACGUUAAAAAUUACACGUAGCAACGUUGAACAAUAACCUUUUCACUUAUUUUCUCAAUCGUUGUUCUUCUUAUUCCUCGCUCUUCUUAUUUCUUCCUUUUCACUUACGUCCUCUUCGUCUUCUUCUUCUCCUCUCAUGUAAAAAACACCGGUGCAUCAGCAAAAAUAGUCCCCGGUAAUUAGAUAAGAUAAGAUAAGAUAAGAUAAUCCUUUAAUAGUCCCACAGAGGGGAAAUUUGCAGUGUACAGCAGCAAAGGGGAUAGUGCAAAAAACAAGAGGCAUCAAUAGAAAUAGUAAUAACACAAUAAUAAUAACACUAUAAACAGUAAACUGGUAUAUACAAUAAUAAUAAUAAGAAGAAAAAUAAAUAAUAAAUACUAGUAUAUAAAAAAAUAACAGAGGGAUAUUUAUAUAAUUGCACGUUGCAGUGAAUGAAAGAUAUUGCACAUUAUUUCCCUUUAUGUACAUUUAUUGUCAGGUUGUAUGUGGUCUACUGUUCACUUCCGUUGUGGCUUUUUUAUAUUUUGCAUCGUUACUUAUUUGCAGCGGCGUUUCUUUUAUUUGCAGCGGCGUUUCUUUUUAUUUGCAGUGUUUCUUUAAUUUUCACCAAUGGCGGGCACCGUAUCAUACGGUUCCCUAACACGCUUCACUAGUAACAGACACACUAACGGUACAAAUGAGAGCCUGGUUCUCUUAUCUCAAAUCAACGCUUAAAACACAUCCCAUUGAUCUAUAUUUACAGUCUAACACCUGUUAGCGAUUGUUAGCCUGCUGGCUGGAUUAAAGGUUAGCUAUCAAUGAUGUCGGAGCUAAACAAACCAAUCAGAGACUUGGGGGGUUAUGAUGUCACUGAUUGGAUUCUUAUUGGUACGACCAUUUAAAACAAAAAAAAGUAGUUUUUUCUCCCCCUGGUACGUCCGUCAGCUCCCUGCUCCCUGUGUCCUGCUCCACGGUACGACUGGAAGAGACUGGAGUCCCCGGGGAGCAGAUGGUUUAAGAGAAUAUAAAGUUUUUAUAAGUAACCUUUCUGAUUGGUUGAUGUGCGAGGACUCGUGGUCAGGUGCAACUCUUCAUUUUCAAGCUGCUGGUGGAGGAUGAGGGUCGUGUAACCAGGAGGAAUCUGUCCCUGACGGCGCUGCACUGACCGCAGCCGGGAGAUCGGUGUCAUUAGUUAUGAUUAUUAUACAAUUUAAUGUUACACCCUACUGCCUGGGAUCAUAGUUAAUUUCCGGUUCUAAAGUGGUUCAAGCAGAGGUUUGUAUUUAUAUCUACAGUAAAAUGUGUCCAGUUAACAGAGAAAGUGGUCAAACUGUUGAUCAGAGAAAAAUUCUUUUCAUUUUUUGUCACCUAAUUUUCUGUUAACAGAGUCGCACUUUUCAUCACACCUCAGCAACGAAAUAUGAAGCACAAAUACCACAAAUAUCUGUUUCUAUUACUAAGUUUCAGACAGUUGUUCCUUUCAUUCCAUCAGCUGAUGCUCGGUUACAGCCUGAGGUCACAUGGCCCCCGUCACGGUGUCGUGACGGCGUCUUUCAUGCUGCAUGUCGGUGUCUCUGCCUGUCGAGCUGAACCAGAACCAAGACCAGAUCUGUUGGACGACAUUUACAGAAUUCUGAUGGAGAGACGGCAGCUUCAGAUACAACUGGUUUAUACACAUUGUCCUUCUUAUUUUGUGACUCAUCCUCUCCUUUCCCAGACUAAAGCCAUUCAGAUGUCUUUAUUUCUGAUCUUUGUUACUGUUUUUGGUACUCAACUGACCCCGUGUGAGUGUGACCGUGUAUAUUUAUUAUUAUUGAGUAUGGGUAUUGUGUUAUUUUUGAUGUUGUGUAGCUGUUUUUCUGACCUGCAUGAUUCAACUCGUUUGGUGUUUUUAUUUGAGUCUGUACAAAUAAAACCUGGUAAACUGCACUCAGAAUUAAAGAUUCACAUUAAGUAAA